AUUCUUAGUUUGCCUCUGAGUCGCAGCCAUGAGUAACGGCAAGCUUACCGGCGCUGAUGUCGCCCAGCAUAACUCUCGCGAGUCGUGUUGGGUGAUUGUUCAUGGGAAGGCCUAUGAUGUGACAGAGUUCCUACCAGAGCACCCCGGUGGCCAAAAAAUCAUCCUGAAGUACGCCGGCAAAGAUGCGACCGAGGAGUUCGACCCGAUUCACCCCCCCGACACCCUGGACAAGUACCUGGACCACUCGAAACACCUGGGUCAAGUCGAUAUGAACACUGUCGAACGGGAGGAGAAGGCGGCUGAUCCGGAGGAGAUUGAACGUCAGGAACGUAUCAAGCUCAUGCCUCCGUUGGCAGCAUGCUACAACCUGAUGGACUUCGAGUCGGUCGCACGCAACGUGAUGAAGAAGACGGCGUGGGCCUACUACUCCAGUGGCGCAGACGAUGAGAUUACGAUGCGCGAAAACCACUCCGCCUUCCACAAGAUCUGGUUCCGGCCACGAAUCCUCGUCGAUGUCGAGAACGUCGACUUCUCGACCACAAUGCUCGGCGCCAAAUCAUCCAUUCCCUUCUACGUGACCGCCACUGCCCUGGGCAAGCUCGGCAACCCUGAGGGCGAGGUCGUGCUGACACGAGCUGCCCGCAACCACGACGUUGUCCAGAUGAUCCCCACCCUCGCCUCGUGCUCGUUCGACGAGAUCGUCGAUGCCAAGCAAGGCGACCAGGUGCAAUGGCUGCAGCUGUACGUCAACAAGGACCGCAACAUCACCAAGGGCAUCGUCGAGCACGCCGAGGCGCGCGGCUGCAAGGGUCUUUUCAUCACCGUGGACGCGCCGCAGCUCGGCCGUCGCGAGAAGGACAUGCGUUCGAAGUUCUCGGACGUCGGGUCCAGCGUUCAGUCGUCGGGCGGCGACUCGGUCGACCGGUCUCAGGGCGCCGCGCGUGCGAUCUCCUCGUUCAUCGACCCCUCCCUCUCCUGGAAAGACAUCCCGUGGUUCCAGUCCAUCACCAAGAUGCCCAUCGUGCUGAAGGGCGUGCAGUGCGUCGAGGACGUCCUCCGCGCCGUCGAGAUGGGCGUGAACGGCGUCGUCCUCUCCAACCACGGCGGUCGCCAGCUCGACUUCGCCCGCUCCGCCAUCGAGGUCCUCGCCGAGGUCAUGCCCAUCCUGCGCGAACGCGGCUGGGAGGAUAAGAUCGAGAUCUUCGUCGACGGCGGUGUCCGUCGCGCCACGGACAUCCUGAAGGCCCUCUGCCUGGGCGCCAAGGGCGUCGGCAUCGGUCGGCCCUUCCUGUACGCCAUGUCGGCGUACGGCCAGGACGGCGUCGACCGCGCCAUCCAGCUCCUCAAGGACGAGAUGGAAAUGAACAUGCGGCUGAUCGGCGCCCGCACCAUCGCCGAUCUUAACCCCAGCAUGCUGGACGUGCGCGGCCUCGUCGGCGGCCACAGUGCCCCCGUCCCGUUGGACACGCUGACCCUGCGGGCGUAUGAUCCUCUCCAAGCGCCGAGGUUCAGCGAGAAGGCCAAGCUGUAGCUUACCUCGGCCCUUGUUGUUCAAUUGCUAUGACUGCUUUGAUACCACUGCUUUGUCUAGUACAUACUACGACCCAUCUACUCCCUUCCUACCUAUCUCACGACUAAUAGGUAACCCAUACCCCUUCUUUCGAUUGUAUAUACCCAUCCUAUCUACUCAACACGUCUUAUACGUUGGAAACGCUGCUGUAUUAUUACCAAGAAAAGACCUAAAGUCUAGAAGCAAUGAAAGGAAAGAAAGAAGAAAAAAAAAACGAAUCGACUUUUUAUAUAUUAUAAACAUUAAACUAUAAAUUCA